AUGGAUAACUCCCUCCAACAAGAUCUGAUAGAAAGUUAUCUACCUGACAACGGCAGCUACUACUGCCUGGGAGACGAUGGCACUGAUGAGUCCCAUUUCAUAUACGUCCUCAAUGCCAUCCUCAGUGGCACUGCUAGGCUCAAUGUUCUGUUGCCUACCGCCACCAUCCUUGCCUUCACCAUAUUUGCUCCCCUCCUCACAAAUGACGGCAAAUGCUACACGCUCAACCGCUGGCUGAUGGGUUUCUUCUUGGCUAUCUCUGCAGCCUCUUGCAUCUUCUUUUUGUUCACUGAUAGCUUCAGAACUGCAAGGGGAAGGUUGUACUAUGGCGUAGCCACACGCAAUGGGAUAUGGACUUUCAAUGGAGGCCGGAGGAAGCCUUGUGCGCCAUCUGAGUAUAGGUUGAGAUGGAUUGAUCUCUUCCACGCAUUGCUUUCAUUGAUUGCUUUUCUUACUUUUGCAGGCUCACACAAUGAUGUUUUGGAGUGUUAUCAUCUGGAAAUGUCCAGAAAAGUGACCAACUCUGUUCCUUUGGUUGUUGGGUUUGUUAUAAGUCUGUUGUUUGUGGUGUUUCCUUCUAAUAGAAGGGGAAUUGGGUAUCCCUUCUUGUUGCAGAAGGAUGCUUUGUACACCAGAAAUUGA